UCCUGAAAGAUCAAUUUCGCACUCGGUAGAUCUAUCGGCUGCUUUGAAAGAGACGUGAGGCAUACGACACUACUGCACCUGGAAACAGGCAAAUAUUUACACAGAUCCCUCAUUGGCGUCAAGCCCCCAUCCUAUCUCCCCAUCGAUCUGUACAGCCUCUGGGGAUGCCUGCUGAAACCCUCUUUACAUAUUUGACCUCCCUUUUUUGUAAGCUCUAUCUUCUUCUUUCUGACGUUCAGUCGCUUUCUCUCCGUCUGUCUCACUGUGUCAAAGUUAAAAAGGUAUGUUUGAGGACAGCUCUCGUCUCUGUCUUCUCUCCUCUGCAGCUCCUCCCUGUCGUCCUUUAGGACAUAACACUUAACCCAAGGCGGAGAACGGGGGUAGGAGAGCGAGGGGGAGGAGAGAGAGAGAGAGUAAGAGUAGUGAGGGAGAGGGAGAGGGAGAGGGAGAGUGAGAGCGCAGGGUUGGGCUGGCAGAUCUCAAAGGCAGUGCGUUGAGCGCUGUGGCUGCACACACUCAGGCAAAGGCGCUCACUCAUUCACACACACACACACACACACACACACACUGAGCUGGUGUGAAGCGGAGGGGACAGGCAAGCACUCAGAUCUCCUGAGAAGGCAUUGACAUUUCUCUGGAUUGCUCUCUCACUCACUUCUCCACGCGGACCUGUUUGGGAAGAAGAGAAAGACCUGUGUCGGCAGAGGACAACGCCAACACAGACAUCAAACAGGCGCUCAACAGUACCCCGUACCUCACCAAAGACCAGCAGCACCAUCCAAACAGAAGUUCUCACUUCAGGAUCACGCGGACUGGUGAAAUAACACACCGCUAUUCAUCAACUUCAGGGCACUCAAACACACACACACACACACACACACAGCAGAUUGCCAUAGCUGGACACCAGAGAUUUAAAAUGUGGAUUAUUACCUCUUGAAGACAAUUCCUGGUGAAAGACAGCCACAAAACAGAGCAGCGAAUUUCGAUCAGUGUAGCACAUUUUGGUGACUAGAGACGGCAGUCAUUUUUGAUCAGUGCGUUUGUUGCUGUGUAUCUGGGCACCAGUCUACAGACGUGUGACAGAGGGAAACACAAGGAGACGGAGGGCCAUGCACUGAGAGAAAGGCAUGGAGGCCGUCUCUGGGGAGGCAGGUUGGGACGGGCUGGCCCAGUCGUCCUCCUCCUCCUCCGCCUCAGCAGCAGCAGCAGCGGCAGCAGCAGCGGCCACAUCGGGAUGGAUCAACCUCACCUCUGCCCUGUUCCCGGGGACCACUGGCCCCAACAGUACACUCUGCGGCGGGGGAUCUCAUUUCUGGCUCUUCCCUGAGAACGGCACGGGAAGCCCCUCCUCCGGCACACCGGCCCCGCCGCGGCAGCGGGACCCGACGCUGGCCCGGGCCGAGAUCGGCGUGCUGGGCCUGGUGCUGGCGCUCACCACGCUGGGCAACAGCUUCGUGCUCUGGGUGCUGCUCCGCAGGCGCAAGCAAAACGCACCCAUGCACGUGUUCAUGGUCAACCUGUGUCUGGCUGACCUGGUGGUGGCCUUCUUCCAGGUGCUCCCCCAGCUGGUGUGGGACGUCACGGAACGCUUCCAGGGCCCCGAUGCGCUCUGCCGCUUGGUGAAGUACAUGCAGAUCGUCGGCAUGUUUGCGUCCUCUUACAUGAUAGUGGCCAUGACAGUGGACCGGCACUACGCCAUCUGCUGCCCGCUACAGGCCUACCGCGGAGGGGCCGUGUCCCGCUGCAACACCCCCGUCAUAGUGGCCUGGGCCCUGGCCCUUGUGUUCAGCCUACCACAGGUGUUCAUUUUCUCCAGGUCAGAGCUGGCGCCGGGGGAGUUCGACUGCUGGGGCCACUUCAUCGAGCCCUGGGGCCUCAAGGCGUACGUCACAUGGAUGACCUUGGCCGUGUUUGUGCUUCCUGCUUUCAUCAUCACUGUUUGCCAGGUGCGAAUAUUCAAAGAACUCCAUGACAAUAUCUAUCUAAAAUCAGAGAAGGUCGUGUCGGCCGACCUCAAGAAGAAUGUUGUUUUCUUCGGUCUCCAGAAUGUUAAAAAGGAGGAUGACCGAACGAGGGGUAGAACAGGCUACAGACACAGGGAGGGGUGGGGAGGAGGAGGAGGAGGAGGAGGAGGAGGAGGAGGAGCAGGCUACCCUCUCCAGAAUAGCGAAAACAACCACCCAUGCCGUCCUUAUUGUAAUGACUGUACUACGGAAAACCCGUCGGACUGCUACAACUGCUCGUGCUCGGUCAGCCAGUACGACCAGUGUCCCAGCGAUGUCACCCUACAGGCCACGUCCAAUGGCAACAUUAGCGCGCCCGAUGUCCUCCCCAUCAAUCAGAACCAUUCCAGCACAACGGAGCCAGUCGGUCACCCUGUUUACAACAACCUGGAGAACCACUCUCCAACUUGCACCGAGUCAGGCUGCUACAGGGGCUCGUUCUCCUGCGACAACAGACCCUUGAACGCCUCCUUCGAGGCCCGCUACAGCAUGAGCAGCGGAUCGCCCCACGCCACCCCGGCGCCGGUCAGCCCGCCGCCCCCCAGCAUCUCCAGGGCCAUGUCCAAGACAGUGCGCAUGACGCUGGUGAUCGUGCUGGUCUAUACCAUCUGCUGGUCGCCCUUCUUCAUCGUGCAGCUGUGGGCAGCCUGGGACCCCAACGCGCCCAGCCAAGGGGUGGCGUUCACCAUCCUGAUGCUGUUGGCCAGCCUGAACUCCUGCACCAACCCGUGGAUCUACACGGCCUUCUCCAGUAGCGUGUCCCGGGAGCUGCAGGCCCUGCUGCGCUGCCGAUCGCGCUCCGCACGCCGCGGGUCGCUGCCGGACGACUCCACCGCCACGCACACCUCCACCACCAAGGAAAGCCUGUACUGAGACAAACACUUGUACACACAGACACACACUCACGUGCCGAGGCGGACUGCUUGAGGGCGAUUGGUCCGCCACCACACACAUCUCCACUA